GUGACACGUGUGGGGUGUGUGUAUGUGCAGUGUGAAUUUUCGGUACUUUCCUAGACCCCGCCGAGAUAUAUAUAUAAGCGAGCAAAGGUUCCUGGUUGUGAGUGCUUGUGAGUGCUUAUUUGAUUAUAUUUUUGUUAAUUGAUUAAAUUGAUUAUAUUUUUGUUAAUUUCCACUGCGGAACUGAAACCAAUUGGCUGCCAUCUCGGCUCGAGCAGCAAAAAACAACGGGGACCGGACCCCGACGAGUGAUACCUGGGGUUGACUUCAAGAGAUUCGGGGACUAAAGCAUCUGGGAGAAGGGGAACUUCCACUGGGGGAAUUCCUGUGCGCAGGAGGUGGAGGAAGAGGAGGGAAUCAUGGAUAUGAACGGGGAGUUCUCUGUGGGCGCUGAGGAGGAAGCUGAGAUGGAGACUCCGCAAGUGUGCCCGGAAAAAACUUUGGAGGACUGUUCGGUGGACCUCGCGGACGAGGGCACCGGGCGGGUGAUGUACGUGAAGGGACCGAAGAUCACUCGCGGAGACUCCGCGGGGACGAGCGCACGUAACGGCUGGAGUACGGGCGGCACGGAAAGCAUUCCCGAACCUACCCGCGCCGGUAUUCCCGAGAGGGUCCCAAGACGCAUCCCGCAGGUUUGUCCCGAGGAUGAGGGGCGGGAAGCCUCGGAGAGCGUUCCGGAGGAAGAAGCGGCGCAAAAGUUUCCGCGGGACGGCCGGAGAUCGACGCCGCGGGGGGAUCAGGAAACGUUGCCGGCAGCGGCGAACGGAGCCGCCGCUGCUGCAGCCUCCGCAGGGAAGGAUCCCGCGGGGGGGGCCGUCGCCAGCGCCCGCCCCGGGGACCGGUGGCGCCGACGCGACCAAGCCGUGCGGCAACUGUCGGCAUCUGAUCGCCGUGAGCAACCUGUCCCUGCACGAGACGCACUGCUUCAGGAACCUGCUGGUGUGCAAGCGCUGCGAUGAGCGCGUGCCACGUGCAGAAAUGGAGGAGCACGUGCAGAGCGAGCACACGGAGGUAAGGUGCAAGUGUGGAAAGGCCCUGGAGAAGUGCAAAUUGGAAGACCACUUGGUCCACGAGUGCCCGCGCCAGGCGGCGGUGUGCCGCUACUGCGGGCUGGAGCAGCCGCGCGCCACCACGCGGGAGCACGAGGACUUCUGCGGCGCUCGCACCGAGCGGUGCGACGCCUGCCUCGUCUACGUACAGAAGCAGGACGACGAGGUGCACCGGGUCACCUGCCCCGGGCACCCGGUGGCCCCCGACCCAGCCGGCACCGCCACCGUCACGGAGGCGGCCAACGCCGCCCUGGCGGCCGCCAUGAGUGCUCUGCACGAUGACCCCGAGGUGAUGGCCGAAUAUAAGAAGUACCUGGAGCUCCUGGACAGCGACGAUGACGAAGAGGAGGGGAGCCCGGCGAGCGGCAGCUCGUUCGCCUCCAGCCUGUGGGAGACGGCCGCCCAGUUGACCACGGCGGCGCUGCUAUCCUCAAUGCAGGGAGGGGGGGGCGCGGGGGGGAGGAGGGGGGGGGAGGAGGACACGCAGAUCCUGGAGGACGACCAGGAGCUGCUGCCGUGCGAGUUCUGCUUUAAGCCCGUGCCAGCGCACGAGCUGGUGUUGCACCAGAGUGGAUGCAAUCCGACCGUCGCUCACGGCCGAGUUCGAUACUUGAACGGGGUGCCGACCUCUGGUCCUCCACCUCCUCCGCCGCCGCCGCCAGCAGCAGCAACAGCAGCAGCAGCGCAGCCUCUUGACGAGCAGCUGCCGUGCCAGUACUGCUACGAGCCCGUGACGGCGUCCCUGCUGCAGGCUCACCAGGAUCGGUGUCUGAAGGAGCAGGCGAGUGCUUUUGCAAGGCUUUGUAAUCAACAGCCAGCGUUGGCGCCCAACAAGGAGGAACCCGAGCCGCUGGACAUCGGGGUGGCGGCGGGAGCAGCAACGCCGGUCGCGGAUGAAGAGAUGACGGAGAUGGCGCCGUCCUCGUCAAGCGCCGAUGCCGCAGAAACUUCCGUUUCACCAGAAGAUGUCAAGGAGAUGGAAACGUCCGCUCCACUUGAAGACCCAGGCUCCGCGUUUUAACCGACGGCUUCGAGAGGGCGAGCCCUGAGCGGAGUGCACUGGAGGAGUCAACGCGUGAGACAAGGGGAUGCCGGGUAUCUGGGGUUGUGAACUGUGAACUGUGGCCGCGCGUCACGAGCUGUGCCCUGGGAGUCGGAGCCCCUCGUGAUGUUUCUUUGCCUUUGAUUUGCGCUAUGGUGGGGCGGCUUUCAGAUGCACUCUCUUCUAUUAAUGCGUCAGCCUCAACGUGAACUCACAGCCUCAACACUGACACAGUCUCAACACUGACACACAGCCCCAACACUGACCCACAGUCUCAACACUGACACACAGACUCAACACUGACACACAGU